ACAGCAACAAGCUACAUUAACCCUUCAUUAAUCUCACAGAGAUCAAACACAUUCAUUCAAAUAAGUCACAGAAGAGAAAGAUGGUGUCUUGGGCCCGAGUUUUGAUCCUUGUCGCGUGCUUCCUUCCCCUGUUGGUGGAAUCCAGAGUUCGCCAUUACAAGUUCGAUGUGUCGAUGAGGAAAACCACCCGCUUGUGUUCAAGCAAGCCAAUUGUGCUGGUUAACAAUCGCUUCCCAGGCCCUACUCUUUAUGCCAGAGAAGGCGACACAGUCCUCAUCAACGUCGUUAAUCAUGUCAAAUACAAUGUUUCCAUACAUUGGCAUGGCAUUAGACAAUUGAGGACAGGGUGGGCAGAUGGACCUGCAUACAUCACACAAUGCCCUAUUCAGCCAGGACAAAAUUAUGUUUACAAUUUUACUAUUACAGGCCAACGGGGUACACUUUUCUGGCAUGCACAUAUUUUAUGGCUACGAGCAACGGUUCAUGGUGCCAUUGUAAUCCACCCUAAGCUUGGCGUCCCUUAUCCAUUUCCGAAACCUCACAGAGAAAUUGUUGUGGUUCUAGGUGAAUGGUGGAAAUCAGACACUGAAAAUGUGAUCAAUCAAGCGCUAAAAUCAGGUUUAGCACCGAAUGUCUCGGAUGCUCAUACAAUUAAUGGCCUGCCAGGAUCAGUCUCGGGUUGUGCAACGCAGAAUGCAUUCCAAUUGAGUGUUGAUAGUGGAAAGUCUUACAUGCUGCGGAUCGUUAAUGCUGCACUUAAUGAAGAACUUUUCUUUAAGAUUGCUGGACACAAGCUGACUGUGGUUGAAGUGGAUGCUACAUAUGUAAAGCCAUUCAAAACGGAUACAAUCCUGAUUGCCCCAGGCCAGACCACCAAUGUUAUAGUUGAUGCAGAUCAAAACUCUGGCAAAUACCUUGUCGCCGUUUCUCCAUUUAUGGAUUCUCCAAUAGCUGUUGACAAUGUGACAGCAACAGCAACUUUGCAUUAUUCUGGAAUACUUGCAAAUGCUCCAACUACUUUCACAAAGCCACCCCCACAAAACGCCACCCCAAUUGCUGAAAACUUCUUACAGUCACUUCGAAGCUUAAAUUCAAAAAGAUUUCCGGCAAAAGUACCAUUGACAGUUGAUCACUCCCUUUUUUUCACAGUUGGAUUAGGUAUAAAUCCUUGUCCUAGUUGUAGAGCUGGUAAUGGAAGCCGAGUCGUGGCUAGUAUAAACAAUGUGACCUUUGUCAUGCCUACUACGGCUCUUCUUCAAGCACAUUACUUCAAAACCAGUGGCGUUUUUACAACUGAUUUUCCAGCAAAUCCACCUUCUGUUUACAAUUAUACAGGCACUCCACCAGCCAAUUUAGGAACCACAACUGGUACAAAAGUCUACAGGCUACCUUACAAUGCCACAGUUCAGAUUGUUCUCCAAGAUACCAGUAUUAUAUCACCAGAGAAUCAUCCUAUUCAUCUUCAUGGAUUCAAUUUCUUCGUAGUUGGCAGAGGACUAGGGAACUAUAAUCCGAAGAAAGAUGCAAAGAAUUUUAACCUUGUUGAUCCUGUUGAAAGGAACACAGUUGGUGUACCAUCUGGUGGAUGGACAGCCAUUAGAUUUCGUGCAGAUAAUCCAGGAGUUUGGUUCAUGCAUUGUCACUUGGAAGUACACACUACAUGGGGACUAAAAAUGGCGUUCUUGGUGGAAAAUGGAAAGGGUCCAAACGAGUCAAUUUUACCACCUCCUAAAGAUCUUCCGCAAUGCUGAUACAACUCAACAUCCACAUAUACAUAUAGAAAGGCAGAUCAUGAAUUUAAAGAUGUGAAGAUGAAACACAACAUAACUAUAUAAGACACGAAAGAGAUGCAAUCAAGAAAAAAAAUGGUGAGGUGAGAUCAACCUACUUUGGAGCAAACUAGAACUUGAUCAAACAUUUUUGCCAUUGAGAGUGUAUAUGUUAGUAAAAGUUCAUACUUCAUUCAUUUUGCAAUUUACUCCAUUGAGAAUUUUUGAUAAAUCAUAAAUGAGCUUAUAAAAAGCAAGUGAUUCAGUUCUA